AUGGGCUCCUUACAUGCCUCGGGCAUCGCUGAUAUCACCAUCGCCAGCUUGCAAAGCAUCACCUCCAAGGAUCGUCUUCAGAAAUUCGAUCCGGCCAGGUUCAAGCUUGUCCUGGUCGACGAGGCUCACCACAUCGUGGCUCCUGGCUACAUGCGUAUCCUCAAGCACUUUGACCUCGACGCCAAGAAGUCCCAUUCUCCUGCGUUGGUCGGCGUGUCCGCCACUUUCUCCCGUUUCGACGGCCUCAAACUGGGCGCCGCCAUCGACCAAAUUGUCUACCACAAGGACUACGUUGAUAUGAUUGGAGAAAAGUGGCUCUCCGACGUCGUCUUCACCACUGUCAAGUCGACUGCUGACAUCUCCCGGGUGAAGAAUGGCGUCAACGGGGACUUCCAGGCUGGCGAGCUGUCGCGCGUCGUGAAUACUGACCAGAUCAACGAGAUUACCGUGCGAAGCUGGCUCGCCAGGGCACAGGGUCGAAGGUCAACUCUUGUCUUCUGCGUCGAUCUGGCUCAUGUUGCUGGCUUGACCCAGAAAUUCCGCCGGUUUGGACUAGAUGCUAGGUUUGUUACAGGAGACACGCCAACUACCGAGCGCAGUGAGAUUCUACGGGCUUUCCGAAAUGGAGAGUUCCCCGUGCUGGUCAACUGCGGUGUGUUUACCGAGGGAACCGACAUUCCGAAUAUUGACUGCAUUGUUCUGGCGCGGCCAACGCGCUCCCGGAAUUUGCUGGUGCAGAUGAUAGGCAGGGGCAUGCGUCUGCACGCUGGAAAGACGAACUGUCACAUUAUCGACAUGGUUUCGAGCUUGGAGACUGGCAUCGUUACCACGCCGACUCUGUUUGGGCUCGAUCCAGGGGAGUUGCUAGAGAGGGCCUCGAUGGAUGACAUAAAGUCCUCGAAGGAGCGGAAGGACGAUGAGACACACCGACGCCAAGCAGCCUAUUCAGACACGUCCACGGCUGGAUCGUCGCCAGAAUCGAUGUCUAUUUCCUUCACCGAGUAUUCUUCCGUCUAUGACCUCAUUGAAGACACCUCAGGCGAGAAACACAUUCGGUCAAUGAGUCAAUAUGCGUGGGUACAAGUCGGCCAAGACAAGUAUGUCUUGUGCGCGCCAAACGGGUCUUUUAUCAGGCUCGAGAGGAUUGAGAACCAUUCUGAUCCCAGCAAGCCACUCUUCCACGCUGUCGAAAUGCGAGCACUGCCUCCUGAAAUAUCAAAGUCCCCAUACGCGGCCCCGCGGGAACUUCUCCAGGCUACAACCUUCGCUGAUGCUGUUCAUGGCAGCGAUAAGUAUGCCUCCGAGGCGUUCCCGCACGUUUUCAUCCACCGCUAUCAGAGCUGGCGCAAGAAGCCGCCAACGCAGGGGCAGAUCGAUUUCUUGAACAAGAUGCGGCCGAAGGAUGAGCCGCUCGCCGAAGGCGAAAUCACGAAAGGUCAGGCCACUGACAUGAUUACCAAGAUCAAACACGAAUUCAUACGCAGCACGUCCUUACUUUUGUACACCAUCACCUCACUUCGCGAGACGGACCAAUACCAUGAGGACUUACUCCGGGCUAUCUACGACCGCCUCGAGCUGGUCCAUCAGCGGCUCGAACACCUAGAAGCCCUCACAGCGAUACAUAUGGAGACUUCACGGCAACCCAUGGACAAACUUGAGCGAAGCAACUCUUCGCCAGAGGACAGCAACCUCAGUACCAGGAAUGACGACGGUCACGCCCUACGCAAGCCUAGCAUUAACCACGCACAUCUCGCGCAGCGUCUUUCUCGCCUGCCCGGAGGUGAGACUCUCAAGAACGCCGCCGGAUGCUUCACCCAGGACAUAAGCAGCCUUGUCCGAGAUGCUUUUACUGGCACGGAGGUCAUCGAGACGGGCGCCCCUAUGCGACCAGAGCAACUCGAGGGAUCAGAGAACCUCCUUCAGAAGACGCAGAACUCGGCUCAGGAGGGCAUCGCGGACCCCCUGCAGCGCCCACCGGUCGACGACAGCAGUGACGGGUACCCGGCCCUCAGUGCUGCCACGGACAAGGAAACGCUCGGCGGCAGCAUGCUCGCCACGGCGGGCGGCAACAACUCUCCAUCGCUCUCCAGCAGCCCCUCCAGCAGCGAUUACGAUUCAGAAGCCAUUUCGUACUCGGACUGGAUUAGCAGGGAUGACUCGAUGUACGGAAAGCGGCCCUCGGAGCGAUCCCCGUCGCCCCUGCCGGAUCGUCGUACCCACUGCUGCGAGCGCAAGGCGGCCCUCCUGCGCCGGAAGCAGCGCAUCGUCAAUGGCGCAGACCUGGAUAGCUCGUAA